AGGAGGAAGAGGUUGUCGCUGCCUUGGUGGUGUUGACGACGACCCCAGCAACAGGGGCCUUUGUCCAAUCGCAAGCGCGGGCGCGGUUUUUUUUUUCUUCCUGCCGCCUUUCGAAGCUCGGCUUGGUAACCGCGGCCCUCCCUGGAGAAGGGGGGCUCCGUGCAGCCCCUCCCCACGCCGCCGGGUUGCACGGGCCUUUUGAGUUUUUCUUUGGAGCUGGCAAGGAAGGUGCUGUUUUGAAGUGAAGGUUGAAAAGAUAUUUUUACUUUUGAAAACUAAAGAUUGAAUGCUGUUGAUUACUAUGCAAGGUCACUGUCAUGAGUAUCGGAUCAACCAAGAGAAAGUGGGAAGAAAAACUGAAGAAUGUUGAGGAACUAGCAUCUUGCUAUAAGCGGAGGCCUCUCUGCUCCAGUUACAAGCCAAAACUGUCCAAUCCAUUGCAACCAUCUUCGGUUUGGAAGCUAUUCUAUCGGCAAAUUCAUGCAUUUAACUUUGCCAAGACUUGUAAAGAGAAGGAUGUUCAUGUAUUUGCUUUGGAAAAGUGCGAUGGAAAUAAUCAACGGCUCUAUCUUGUGACAACUUAUACAGAACUUUGGUUCUACUACCGCAAACAUGAAACAAAACUGAAGCAUUGCUAUGAAAUAAUCCCAGAAACAGCUGUUUGCAAGCUUUAUUUUGAUUUGGAAUUCUACAAGCCAACAAAUCAGGGAGCCAAUGCAAAUCAGAUGGUAGCAGACUUAAUUAAGUUUAUAGGUAGGAAACUAGAUGAAUACUAUGAAAUAAAAUGCUCAGCUGAGAAUAUUUUGAAAUUGGAUUCCAGUACUGAAGAAAAAUAUAGCUGCCAUUUAAUAUUUCUACUUGAAAAUGCUGCAUUUAAGAAUAAUAUCCAUAUAGGUAAUUUUUUAAGAACAAUUAUGCAACCUGCUAUUCUUUUAACUAAGAAUAAAGAUGCAAUGGACCCCCAAAACAUCAACUCUGUUGGUCGGUGUUAUAAAACUACCAUUGAUUUGCCUACAUGCCUUGAAAAUGAUAGUUUAGUCAAAGAUGUGUGUCAAAACUUGAAACUGGACUCUUACAAAAUAUCAGAAAAAGGAACAUCAGAAGAAAAUCCAGAUCUUUCAUUUUUAAUAGUGAAUGGUAAACAAGGAGAAAAGCAACUGUUUGUGGAUCUUGGAGUUUAUACAAAAAAUAGAAAUUUUCGAUUAUACAUGUCAUCAAAAGCAGGACGCACUGUCAUUUUGAAUAUUGCAGAAGAUAACAAGUUUGUUCCUAAACCUGUAAAUAAUUCUUGCAUAGACGAACAGUAUUUUUUGUCCUCCUUGAUCUGCAAUGUAAGAUUUUCAGACUGCUUAAAAAUUUUGUCCUGUGACAACCAAGAACAUGCAAGAGAACCACCUCUAUAUUUGGAAGCCAAAAUAUCAAGGACCUGUCUCGCUCCAAUAGAAGGAUGCCAUUGUUCACCUUAUCCAGAAAUUGAUAAUUUUGUUCACACUUUAAUCAAGAAAGAUAAUGUUCAAGGAGGGAUAAGAAGAUGGAAUUACUUUUCACUUGAACAGCUUAUUGUAUAUGACAUCUUCAACUAUCGGUGGUGCAGAAAUAUUGGCAGAGCUCACAAAAGUAAUAAUAUAAUGAUUAUAGUAGAUUUGAAAAAUGAAAAUUGGUAUCAGAAAUGUCAUGAUCCUAUUUGCAGAGCUGAAAACUUCAAGUCAGAAUGUUUUCCACUACCGGCUGAAGUAUGCUUGCCCUUCCUUUUCAAAGAGGAUGAAGAAUAUGUAGGUACAAUGGGUGAAAGUAAUACCGAAGAAAGAGCAAAUACAGUAGAUGCUACAGGCUUAUUGGACAACAUACCUUUUACUUCAGUGCAAGAAAAUAGCAAGCUAAACAAGAAAAGUUCAAAUGUUGAAUGGGAUCAUGAGCUUGAUGCCUGCCUUUUGGAAGCUUCUGAAGAUGUGGAACUAAUUGAAGCUACUGAUAUUUUUUAUACCCAGAGGAACUGUACUGUGGAUGAAAUAUCUGAUGAGCUCCUAGCAGGUGUUUUAAGAAAUUAUGAAGUAAAGGAAAGUUAUAAAAAUCUUGUGGAUGAAGUAAGUAUCACAUCAGCUGAUACAUUUGUCAGUACUGAAAAUCCAACAAAAACUUAACUUUAUUAUUUCUCUAAAACUACUCUAGUACUAUGUAUAUAAUAUUUUUUGUAUGUUUACUGUGGUUGAUAAAGAAUAAAGACAACUAGAGCUUAGAAGCAACUAGGUAUUAAAAAUAUGAAAUUUAGGAUUUAGGAAAAGUAUUUUAUUGAAUUGCCAAAUAUGUAAAUAGUAAUGCAAGUACAUAAUAAUGUGAAAUAUUUAGAACUUACAACUAGUUCUGGGCUCUAAAUAUUAAUUUCUCAACAACCAUCUUCUUUCUUGUUUCUUGGAAAG